AUGGUGCUUUGUACGUGUCUGGCAUCUUCAGUCAUUUCUCGUCUGCAAACCGUUUCUAUUGUGUCCAACUGCUUCAUCAUCAUUUUACUAUUCAUUGCUCUACCUAUUGGCACAAAGAUAAACAGAGGUGGCUUCAAUAAUGGUUCUUUCAUUUUUGGAAAGUUUGAGAACUUAAGUGAUUGGAACAACGGCUGGCAAUUUUGUUUGCAAGGUUUCAUGACCUGUGUGUGGACCAUCGGUGCCUUCGACUCCUGUGUCCACCAGUCUGAAGAAGCAAAAGACGCUAAGAAGGCCGUUCCUAUCGGUAUUAUUGGCUCCAUCACUGUCUGUUGGAUAUUAGGAUGGUUGAUUUUGAUUGUCCUCAUGGCAUGCUGCGACCCAAGCAUGGAAAACAUCAUUGAUUCUCCAUACGGGUUUGCAUUGGCCCAAAUUAUUUAUGACAGUUUAGGAAAGAGAUGGGCUGUUGCCUUUAUGUCCUUGAUUGCGUUCUGUCAAUUUUUGAUGGGUGCUUCCAUUUUAACUGCCGUUUCAAGACAAGUUUGGGCCUUCGCUCGUGAUAACGGUUUGCCCUUUUCCCGUUACAUUAAAAUGGUGAACAAGACUUUUUCCGUUCCAUUUGUUGCAGUUUGGUUUGCUGGUGCAGCCUCUCUAGUGUUGGGUUUGCUGUGUUUAAUUGAUAGUGCUGCAGCUAGUGCUCUGUUCAGUUUGGCAGUUGCGGGUAAUUAUGUUGCCUGGGGUACUCCUACAGUUUUGAGAUUGACAUCAGGAAAGGAUAUUUUUAGGCCUGGUCCAUUUUACAUGGGGAAAUUCUGGUCACCAGUUGUGAGUUGGAUUAGUGUUAUUUGGCAGUUCUUCAUCAUCAUUUUGAUGAUGUUCCCGGCCGAUCAGCACGGAAUCACUAAGGAUACUAUGAAUUACACAUGUGUGAUUGGCCCAGGUAUUUGGAUUUUGUCUUGGGUCUACUACAUUGCAUACAAGAAGAAAUACUUCCAUGGUCCAAAGUCAAACUUGACAGAUGAUGAAUACGCUGAAGCAGUGGGUUCUAAUGUUCUAGACGAGAUUAUGUCCGAGUCUGGUAAAGGUGCUUGA